AGCGCCCCUAGCGUCCAUAUUCUGAAGUAAGGGUUCUCCUAAACCUUUGCUCACUGUUAUCCUACUGCAGACUGCCGGGGCUAGGAACAAAGUUCCCCGGCUCUUUCUCUCUCCAACUUUCUUCCAUAUUUGUCUUACGCAUUUGCGGCCGAAUUUUACUGAUAUGGCCGGCGUAUUACGUGUUUCCCUGACCAUCCAAGGGCCGGUUCAAUCGCCCUUGUUCUGUUCGGUUCGUGGGCUCCGUACUUAUGCCAGACCACUGCGUAAGGAUGCCAAGCCUGCUGAGCCCAUCAAAGGCAUUCCUUACAAAAAUCUAACUAUUGGUGUUCCUAAAGAAAUCUGGACCAAUGAGCGAAGAGUUGCCAUUACUCCAGCUGUGACUGCAACUCUAGUCAAGAAAGGUUUUACUGUGAACAUUGAAUCAGGUGCAGGAAUUGAAGCCCGUUUUCGCAAUGAUGACUAUGCAGCUGCAGGAGGAAAACUCACUGACAAGAACACUGCCUUUCAAUCUGACAUUGUUUUGAAAGUGAGACAACCUUUAGAAACAGAAAUUGGUUUACUAAAAGAACAUGGCAACAUUAUAUCAUUCCUCUAUCCCGCCCUCAAUAAACCUUUGGUUGGUAAAAUGGGUGAAAGAAAACUGACAGCUUUCGCUAUGGAUGCCAUUCCCCGCAUUUCCAGAGCGCAGGUGUUCGAUGCUCUCAGUUCCAUGGCAAAUAUUGCUGGUUACAGGGCGGUAGUCGAAGCCGCGAACCAUUUCGGUCGUUUUUUUACCGGCCAAAUCACGGCUGCAGGCAAAGUGCCACCCGCUAAAAUUCUAGUCAUCGGCGGUGGAGUUGCUGGUCUAGCUGCCAUUGGUCAAGCUAAAAAUAUGGGAGCCAUUGUUCGUGCAUUCGAUACUCGAGCGGCUGUGAAAGAGCAAGUCGAGUCGAUGGGUGCCGAAUUUCUUGAAGUUAACAUGAAGGAAUCUGGAGAUGGAGCUGGUGGUUAUGCCAAAGUGAUGUCUAAGGAAUUCAUCGAAGCUGAAAUGGCACUGUUUGCUAAACAGGCAAAGGAAGUCGAUGUUAUCAUCACGACCGCGCUGAUCCCGGGCCAGAAAGCCCCGACGCUGAUCACCAAGGCCAUGGUCGAAUCAAUGAAACCAGGUUCGGUUGUUGUUGAUUUGGCAGCUGAAGCUGGUGGCAACAUUGAGACUAUUAAGCCGGGAGAGAUCUACACUUACAAAGAUGUGGUCCACAUUGGUCUUACUGAUUUCCCUAGCCGUCUGCCAACUCAGGCCUCUACUUUGUACGCCAACAACAUUUCCAAAUUUUUCCUGUCUAUGGGAGAGAAAGAUCAUUUCAAUAUCAACUUGGAGGACGAAGUUGUUCGUGGAGCCAUCGUCUUGAAGGACGGUCAGCUGUUGUGGCCUGCCCCACCUGUGGCAGUUUCCGCACAACCUCAAGCCCAAGCGGCUAAACCGGCAGAGAAAGUUGCACCACCACCGCCAGACUAUUUCAACAUGACUCUGAAGGAUUCUUUGAUGUACACCGGAGGACUUGGAUCGUUAAUGGCACUCGGCAUGAAUGCUCCCAAUCCGGCUUUUACCACCAUGACUACGACGUUGGGCUUGGGUUGCAUUGUCGGUUAUCAUACGGUAUGGGGAGUUACCCCAGCCCUGCAUUCGCCUCUCAUGUCCGUCACCAAUGCCAUUUCCGGUAUUACGGCUGUCGGCGGUCUUCUCCAAAUGGGUGGCGGCUAUUUCCCCUCCAACACUGCCCAGUCUUUGGCUGCUAGCGCUGCAUUCAUCUCGUCAAUCAACAUUUUCGGUGGCUUCCUGGUCACCAAAAGGAUGCUUGACAUGUUCAGGAGACCGACUGACCCUCCCGAGUUUUACUACUUGUACGGAAUCCCAGCUUCGGUCUUCCUCGGCAGCUACGGCUGGGGAGUUCAUAUGGGCUACCCCGAAGUCCAUCAAAUGGCCUACUUGGCAUCAUCUCUUUGCUGCGUUGGUGCAUUGGCCGGGCUCAGCUCACAGAAGACGUCGCGUAUAGGCAACGUCCUUGGUCAAAUUGGUGUUUCGGGUGGUAUUGCCGCCACAUUGGGUUUGAUGAUGCCCAACAUGGACACGCUUACCCAGAUGGCCGCUUGUAUGGGUGUUGGUGGAGCUCUUGGCACCGUCAUCGCCAAGAAGAUUGAAAUCACCGAUUUGCCCCAAUUGGUUGCCGCUUUCCACUCUUUGGUCGGGGCCGCCGCCGUGCUGACUUGCUUGAGCACAUACAUUGUUGACUUCCCCCACUUCGCCACAGACCCAGCUGCCAAUGUUAUCAAGACAGCUCUUUUCUUGGGUACCUUUAUUGGUGGAGUCACAUUCAGCGGUUCUCUCAUCGCCUACGGAAAACUACAGGGUGUCUUGAAUUCAUCUCCUCUUCUGCUUCCUGGUCGUCACGCCAUGAAUAGUGCGCUAAUGCUGGGCAAUGUUGGAGCUAUGGCUUAUUAUUUCUAUGACCCAUCGUUUGUUGCCGGUAUGGGAAUGUUGGGAACCACCACUGCUCUGUCUACCAUCAUGGGUGUUACCUUGACCGCCGCUAUUGGAGGUGCUGACAUGCCCGUUGUCAUCACCGUCCUCAACAGCUACUCUGGUUGGGCCUUGUGUGCCGAAGGCUUCAUGUUGAACAACAACUUGAUGACAAUCGUCGGUGCCCUCAUCGGCUCUUCCGGAGCUAUUCUGUCGUACAUCAUGUGCAAGGCCAUGAACCGAUCCUUGCCCAACGUUAUCCUCGGUGGUUAUGGUACGUCUUCGACGGCCGGAGGUAAGCCGAUGGAAAUCACCGGCACCCACACUGAAGUCAACGUUGACGGCACUGUUGAAAUGAUCACCAACGCCAAGAACAUCAUCAUCACUCCUGGUUACGGUCUGUGCGUUGCCAAGGCUCAAUACCCCAUUGCCGAAAUGAUUAGCCUUUUGAAGAACAAAGGAAAGAACGUCCGCUUCGGAAUUCACCCAGUUGCUGGUCGUAUGCCAGGCCAGUUGAAUGUCCUCCUAGCUGAAGCCGGAGUUCCUUACGAUGUUGUUUUGGAGAUGGAUGAAAUCAACGAUGACUUCAAGGAAACCGACUUGGUACUUGUUAUCGGUGCCAACGACACCGUCAACAGCGCCGCCGAAGAAGAUCCCAAUUCCAUCAUCGCAGGCAUGCCCGUUUUGAAAGUCUGGCUGUCCCAACAGGUCGUCGUCAUGAAGCGUUCUUUGGGCGUCGGUUACGCCGCCGUCGACAACCCCAUUUUUUACAAACCCAAUACUUCCAUGUUGUUGGGUGACGCCAAGAAGACUUGCGAUUCGUUGCUUAGCAAAAUCAAGGAACAUUACGAAUCGCAAUAGAUCCCAACGUACUUCGUCUACCACAUUCGUUGUAUCUGUCGUGUAGUUGAUCAACUUCUUUGGUGCAGAUAUGAGCGGUUAUGUUUCUCACGUUAGAAAACAAAUCAAGUGCAAAAACAAAAUACUGUAAUGGUGGUGUCUUUUCCUAAAAAGAGACGCUAAGAACAGAAAAUAAAAAUAAAAACACGCUGACCGACAUGUCUGUCACUCGCUAACGAUGGCUGGCGGGAUAACGCAACAA